UAAGAAAUUCUUGGUUUGGUGAGCUUGCAACUUCAAGCAGGGUUUCAAAUAGGGUUGCCAGGGAGGGUCUCAUUAGAAGGGGACCUGAAGUAAUGCGCUGAGUGAAAUAAAAGUGUUAGCCAGGAAGAUACAUUUGGCAAAGCAUUCCAAGUAGACGGGACAGCAAGUGCCAAGGCCUCAGUUGGGAGUGUACCUGGCUUUUUAAAAUAUGAACUAAGAGCUAGGAGGCCAGUGUGGCUGCAACUGGCUAACUAGGGGGAAAGCAAUAGGAGAAAAUUUAAACCUUUAAGGGCUAGAGACUGGGCUUUACUCUGAUGAAAAUCCCUGGAGGCUUUUGUUGAGCAGAGGAGUGAAAUGAUCUGAUUUACAGUUUAGAUUGUUAAAAGAAAAACUUUAAACAAGUUAAAUCUAAUAAAGUUUAUUUGCACGAGCACACGUGCGCACACACACACGAUUUAUGAGGCAUUCAUCAGGCAGCAGCACUUAACAGGGAGAGGUUCAGAGAGCUCUACCCAGCACUGUGGGCAGGCAGUAUUUAUAGACAGAAAAAGGAAGUGCCCCACAGAAACAGCUUGAUUGCUUACAGUUGGGCUAGUCUUAUUUGGGCAGGACAUUAUGACGUAUUUGCCUUAUAUGCACAUAGUCUGAUCAGUUGGCAGCCUGUGAUUGGCUGAAGCUCAGCUACUUGUCACAAGAAUAUACUCUCAGUUGCAGUUUAUUUACAUACUAAGUUAGGUUGCAGUUCCCUACAUAGCAACUCAGAGUAGGGAGGAAAUUUUAGGCCAAAUUUAAUUUAAAUUAUGUUGGAGCAUGACCGAAGUUGGUCAUGGCCAGAAGCUGAACACAGAUAUGGAAGCUAACACAAUAUCCAGUGGAGAGAGAUUGUGGUAGAGUACAUGGGGCGAAAUGGUUGAUUUCUGCAUUUUUGUUGGUGACGCCAUCAGGAUUUGCUGAAGAACCAAACAUGUGACAGGAAAGGACAACACAAGGAGCUGCCAGCUUUGGAAACCAGUUCUACUCUCAGUAUUACCUUCGUAAAAGAUAGAGCUUUGUAAAUUUCUAGAUUCCUCGUUCUUAUUAUCCUAGACUAUUUAACCAGACUCUCCAGGGUCGUGGCCCUGGAAACAAUACGUUUAAAACUCUUCCCAAGGAUCCUUCAGCAGCCAACUUGACUUUGGCUAAGGAGUCCGCCAGCUCUGGGCUCACUUGGGUUGUUUGCAAGGAAGAGCCCAUGCCCAGAGUAUAAAUUGGGAGAACAGAGCUGUGCAAAGAGCGUGGGUUGGUGAGCUAGUGGAUGGCGAGAUUAAUCUCACUCUGAUCCCUAAAGCAGGGUGCAGUAAUACUCUAAAUGCCUCAAAUGGGUUGGGAACCAUGGAAGGAUUCCCGGAGGAGCCCGAUUUUAACGAAGCUUUUCUCAGGCCUUUGGUAGGAGGACAGAAACGAAGUUGAAUGAAAAAGACAGUGGAGUGGGACUGAGAAAUGACAAGGGCCCACCACAGACCUCUCUCUUUCAAGGCCUGUGUCGUCAGGACGCAGGCCAGAAGCCACGACGAGGCGCAGGCGCGACUCCACGAGGGCCACGCCCCUCCUAGAGAAGGACCGACCCGUUUUCCGCCCGCAGCGGAGCUUGGGUUUCCGGGAGGACCUGAUUCUGCAAAGGACCAAACCGGAUAGAGGUCGCGCGCCCUCUUUCGUCUGCUUUCCGGUUCACUAAUACGCAAGUUCGCAGAAGGGCGGGAACGCGCCGUCCCUCUGCGCAGGCGCAGUCGGCGGUCGGCGUGGGGCGCUAUGCCGGGGCGGCACGUUUCUCGAGUCCGGGCAUUGUACAAGCGCGUCUUGCAGCUGCACCGUGUUCUGCCCCCGGACCUCAAAUCCCUGGGCGACCAGUACGUGAAAGACGAAUUUAGGAGACAUAAGACCGUUGGUUCUGACGAGGCACAGCGUUUCUUGCAGGAAUGGGAGGGUUUUAAGUGCCUAAAGUCGGGGAGAGAAAAGGAGACAGUAUUUAAGGAAUUUAAGAUCUUGAAGUGGAAAAGGCCUAGAAGAGCCAUAACUGCUGAGUCUUGGAAAGAAAAUGAAACAGAGUGUCUGCAUGCAGUUUCCUUAAGGUGUAUGCAACAGCGUUAUCGCAACAGGCUAACGAAAACAGACAAAAUUCAACUGGAAAAGCAUGUUUUGGCACCUUCCUCCCAGAAGAAAAACUUAAUGACUUUCGUGAUGAACAAAUUGGACAGUUGCAGGAGCUGAUGCAAGAAGCCACAAAACCCAAUAGGCAAUUUAGUAUUUCUGAGUCUACGAAACCAAAAUUUUAGUCUAUACAACAAAGCUUAAUAAGACAUGCAAAAAUUUAGAACCCCUACUUUGUCAUUGGUUUUUGAAAUAUAUUUAAGCUUUGAAAACACCUGUUAUUAAUGAAAUACUCUUUUAUUUUGGAUAUUAUGAUUGCAGUAUAUGGAUCAAGAUCACUAGUGACAAUUGAAAAAACUAUUGGAAUAAUAGCACUUGUAUGAAAUUCAGUUUUGGAACUAAACAGCAAAUAAUGUAUCUAAAAUGGACAAAUUUCUAGAAUUUUGCUGAAAACGUUUUAAAAUGCUAUUCUCAUCCAGCCAUAUUAGUCUUCUGGCUUUUCUUUAGCUUCAUCAAAUAAGCAUGUUGUGAUAAUGAUAGAUGUACAAUUCCAACAAGGUUAUUUUUUAAAUACAUUGUCAUUCUGAACAUUUUAUCAUUUCUACUUUAAUAAUACGUACAUGAUUUUUCUUCUGAAUGUCUCUUCUCCCUGCAUCACUGUUCAUUCACAAUGAAAGGUUAGGAAGAAGCUUUAAAAUUCACUAUUUAUUUUACUAUCAUUUGUAUAAUAAACUAAACUAAACUAUACAAAGUAUAA